AUGAGUACAGACAAAAAUCUCACCGAGGGUUCGCAGCCUGUUGAUGACAGACAUGUCGUCGGAUAUGUCUCGGACUCCAUGUCCGAGUCCAGCAAGGAACAGGACUUGCUGGCUCACCAUGGCCAGGACCCUGCCCUGAGCAAAAAGAUGUCUCUAGUGAACGACGUAGGUCGAGCUUCUCCAAAACUCGGAGGAUAUGCGGUCGACUCCCUCGUCAUGCUACUCCAGUCCGUCAUUGCCGGCCAGGCCUACCGCGAAUUCGGCGAGAAGGGCUAUGAGACGGCCAUGACCAUCGCCCUCUACGCCGGCAUGUUCGUCGGCUCCUUGUUCUGGGGCAUCGGCGCCGAUAUCAUCGGCCGCAAACAUGCCUUCAACUUCUCGCUGAUCAUCUGCUGCAUCGCCACCAUCGUUGCCGGCGGCAUGCCCAACUGGCCUUCGCUCGGGCUAUUCAUUUCCCUGAUCGGUUUCGGAGCGGGCGGCAACCUGGUCUUGGAUACCACUGUCUUCUUGGAGUUUUUGCCGGGCAACAAGCAGUGGGCUAUUACCCUGAUGGCUCUUUGGUGGGGUGUUGGGCAGGCCAUCACCGGGUUUAUUGCCUGGGGCUUCUUAGUCCCCGCCGAAUGGAAUUGCGCUUCCGUCGAGACCUGCACCCGGGGCAACAACAUGGGCUGGAGAUACGUCAUGUUUACCAGCGGCGCCCUGGUGUUUAUCAUGUCGGUCCUCCGCCUUACUCUCGUCAAGCUCAAGGAGACGCCCAAGUACCUGCUCAGCAUGGGCGAAGACGAAAAAGUCGUAGAGACCUUCCAGUCACUGGCCCUCAAGUACAACCGCCCGUGCGGCCUGACGGUCGAGAAGCUAGAGGCGUGCGGGAAGACGGCCAACCAAUCCGAGAGCUUCUCCAUCGGCGAGAUGACUGGCCACCUCCGCGGUCUGUUCACCACACGCAAGACCACCCUCUCGACACUCAUGAUUUGGCUGUCCUGGAUGAUGAUUGGAAUCGUGUACCCCCUGUUCUAUGCCUUCUUGCCGAACUACCUCGCUUCGCGCGGCGCCGGAGCGGCAUCUUCGGCCCGGUCCUGGCCGCCUGGAUGUGCAACAUCCCCGCUCCUCGGCCGCCGGUACACCAUGUUGAUCGGCGCGCUCCUCACGGCUGCCUUCUUUUUCGCCUACACGGCCGUGCGCACCGCCGACCAGAACGUCGCCUUCUCGUGCACUAUCGGCUUCUGCCUCAACAUUUAUUACGGUGUCCUCUUUGCCUACACCCCCGAGGUGCUCCCUAGCGCUCACCGCGCCACGGGCAACGGCGUUGCCGUCGCUGGUAACCGGAUCAUGGGAGCUCUGUCGGCCGUCAUCGCGACCGAGGCCGACACGUCUACGGCGGCACCUAUUUUCAUCUGCGGUGCCCUGUUCGCGGGUCUGGGCGUGGUCGCAGCCAUGUUCCCAUUCGAGCCGUACGGCAGGCGGAGCUCAUGA